GGAGCGAGCUGGUUUAAACCCAACACCACUAGAAAAGAAUUCAGACACUGAAGAGGAGGAAAAAUUGACCUUCAAAGGAUUUAGGACUGCUUUCAGCCCAGAAAGGUUGUGUCAGAGCUGAUCCCACGUUCGGUGGAAAACGUUGAGGAAUCUGAAGGCGCGUUCAGAAACAUCACAGAGAAGAAAUGUCCUCCAGAGGGAAUCCUCUCUUCCUCUGUUCUCUGUGCCUGAUUGUGGGUUCAGUCUGGAGCCAGGGUUCCACUCAUGAUGCCUUCAUAAUCCAGUACCUGGAGAGAAGACUGGCUCAGAUGGAGGAGCGUCUGAGUCAGUGUGAGCUCAACACGCAGAGCGUCACCCAGAAAAACUACGACCUCUCCUCCGAGAUCCGGGCUUCUCUGUCCACACUCAGUCUGCUUAGUUCAGAGGUGAAGAGCCAGGUGGACGGCAUUUCAAUGCGCAUGGAUCGAGUGGAGAGAGAGCUGGAGUACUUGGAGGAUAAAAUUCCAACUCAGUCAAAUAUUGAGAUUGAGGAAGCUCUGCUGGAGCAACAGAUAAAGGCUGCAGAGCUGGAGCAGCUGAAGAAGAAAGCUGGAUUUAAAGUGGAGAAUGACUGCAGGAGAACUCUGAGUCAGAUCAAGUCUCUGAAGGUCGUGAAAAAGGCUGGAGACGUGUCCGGCUCCUGGUUAAAGGACCUCUCUGAAGGAUCCCAGAAGGUGUACCUGUUUAGUGGAAUUCGGAACAACACUGUGCUGCAGUUUCCAUCGCUCCAAAGCUUCAAAAAAAAGACAAAGCCUCAGACAAAGCUGCUGCAGCUGCCGUUCCACUGGCAGGGCACAGGGCAUGUGGUCCACCAUGGAUUCCUGUAUUACCACAUGGCAGACACACCCAACCAGAUACUGAAGUUUGAUCUGCUGAACAGCACAGUGGUGGACAGGACUCUUAUACCGGGGGCAGGCAAGCUCCCCACCUACAGUCUGAAUCCCAACACCUACCUGGACCUGGCAGUCGAUGAACUCGGCCUCUGGGUUAUUUAUGCCGACCCUGACUAUGGAGGAAACCUUGUCAUCAUCAAACUAGAUAAAGAAACCCUGGCAGUGAAGUAUACCUGGGAUACACAGUGUAAAAGCCGAGAUGCUGAAGGGGCGUUCUUGGUGUGCGGGACCCUUCAUGUGGUCUACAACACAGGCUAUGGGGGGCGCUCCACCAUACAGUGUCUGUAUGACAUUCAUGACACCGUCCACAGCAAUGAGAGUCCUGUGGUGUUCUUUCCAAAGCGCUACAGCAGCCACAGCAGCAUCCACUAUCACCCCGGAGACAAGCACCUGUAUGCCUGGGACGAUGGCUACCAGACCAUCUACGAAGUGGAGACACGUAGGAAUGACUGAUUCCUCAGAGUCAAGCUUCACUUCAAACAUCACAAAUAACUUAUCCAAUCACCCUUUGGUUGUGAUCAGUGCUAGCUUUGCUAGUGAGACAGGUAGAGAAGAUCAAUCAGUAAAGGGCUUCAAAUGCAAUUGUAACUUUUAUGGUUUUUAUCAACAAUAAAGAUCUUUGGCUUUUUGCAUCUUUA